AGGGUGUGGGGGUUUAUUCUGGAGGAUUCUUCGAGAAUCACAGGAGAGGACCCCGUUUCACUCGUUUAUUGUGGGGGGCUGUUUUUUCUCAGUUAGGUUGUUAGCCCCCUCUGUAAAACCCAUAACACAGUGGUGGGGGGCUGAAGGUUUAAGGGAUCCAAUGAGUGAAAUAGACUGAAGCAUCACCUUGCUGCAAAAAUGUCUAAGAGACCAUCUUAUGCCCCACCACCUCCCCCUGCCCCUACAACUCAAAUGCCCAACACCCCCGGGUUUGUGGGGUACAACCCAUACAGCCAUCUGGCCUACAACAACUACAGACUGGGAGGGAGCCAAAGCAGCAACAGUCGGGUAACGAAUUCCUCUGGAAUAAACAUCCCAAAGCCCCCAAAGCCACCAGAUAAGCCUCUGAUGCCCUAUAUGAGAUACAGUCGAAAGGUUUGGGAUCAAGUAAAAGCCUCCAAUCCUGAUCUGAAGCUAUGGGAAAUUGGGAAGAUAAUCGGUGGCAUGUGGAGGGACCUCACUGAUGAGGAGAAACAGGAUUAUUUGAAUGACUACGAAGCAGAGAAGAUUGAGUAUAAUGAGAGCAUGAAGGCCUAUCACAACUCGCCAGCUUACCUGGCCUACGUCAACGCAAAAAGCCGAGCUGAGGCAGCUCUGGAGGAGGAGAGCCGCCAGAGGCAGUCCAGACUGGACAAGGGCGAGCCUUACAUGAGCAUCCAGCCAGCGGAGGAUCCAGACGAUUACGACGACGGCUUUUCCAUAAAACACACAGCUGCUGCUCGUUUCCAACGCAACCACCGUCUGAUCAGCGAGAUCCUCAGUGAGAGCGUCGUCCCAGAUGUGCGAUCCGUCGUCACCACCGCUCGCAUGCAGGUCCUCAAACGUCAGGUCCAGUCUCUUAUGGUGCAUCAGAGAAAAUUGGAGGCAGAGCUGCUUCAGAUUGAAGACCGCCACCAGGACAAGAAAAGAAAAUUCAUUGAAGCCACAGAGUCGUUCAACAAUGAGCUCAAAAGGUUAUGCUGCAUGAAGGUGGAGGUGGACAUGGAGAAGAUCUCCGCAGAGAUCGCUGCAGCAGAAGAGGCAGCACGUAAACGGAUGGCAGAGCGCGAGAAGGAUGCAGGAGACAGGGGAGCAAGAGAGGCACCCAGCUGUGUCUUGGCAGAGGAGGAGAAACAUGUUUGUGCGACACAUGGCAAAAAGUCCCAGCAGAAUUCUCACGGCGAAAACAGCAACAAGGAAGGCGAGGUUGCAGAAUCAAACACUGCAGAUACACCAGUAAAGCAGAAAACCUCAGAAGAGUUGGAGGCCCAUCCAGGCAGUGAGGAGGGAGCGUCAGAGGAUAAGGAGAGUGUCCCAGAGGGAGCCAUGGAGGAAGGAACCAGCGACAGCAACACCGGCUCAGAGACCACCUCUGCUCAGACAGAAGACGCCACCAUCAGCGAGCCAUCAGAAGGACCCAGCAAGGCCAGAGUGGCACACUGAGUCCAACAGUGAAGGGCGGCACUGCGACUGCAUCUGUUUGAACUUCUGAUUUCAGAUAUUGCACAAUCUCAUCUGUUUGUCCAAGUGUUUAAGAAGCUUUCAAAUGGGCUGCAGGUGACAUUGAAACCUGAAGCUGGCAGACAUACAGUGAAUACAUCGUCAAACAAAACCUGCACUCAAAGUCGACAAAGCAAUGGCCUUGUCUAAAAUCAAUGGCUGCUACAAUGUGCCACAGAAGCCCAUGUGAAGGCACUAUAUUUUCAGCUUCUUUGGAAGAGCGCACACAAGCCCUUCAUUAGCACAUACUGAAACAUAUCUCUAGCACUAUGUCUGGCAGACAAACAAAAUCGCUCAGUGUUAUAUUUAACUUUGUUCUUUUGUGUUGUAGUCCCAUUGUUGCUUUUAUUGUUUUGCAUGUUGCAGGUGAUUAAAAAAAGCUAAUUGAUCAUCUCCUUGGCAGGAGAAUAUUUGUUUACUCUCUGUAUCAGUAUUACAGUGACAGUAUUGUCUCAGGAGUUUGUAGUUAUUAAGUAGUAGUUACUCUUUUUUAAUUUAUUAUCAGCAUUUUGUUUUUUAUUAUUCUUGUGUAUUUGGGUGCUCUGGGUCCAGCCCGUAUUUGAAUAUAUACCUUGUGAUCAUCAAUGCUGUACAAUGCUAAACUACCAGUGUUCUAAAGUUUGCUGGCUGCCAAUCAAAUCAAAAGCAGUAUGCUUAGAACAUGUGUUUGUUUUUAUCUGUGUUUUGGUUUUUAGGAAGAAACUUUAACGUGUCCGGUUAAUGUGUACACGGUGCAACAAGUUUUGCUUAAAACGUGAAUUUUCAGGAUGUAAAACAGCUAGAAGAACACUCAUUAACAUGCAGUCUUAAUAUGAAUUUAAUUUUUGCAUAUUUAUAGAAAUAAAACAUUUUCUACCCUGACAUGCAGCAGUC